AUGCCUGCCAAACACAAAACCUUGAACGACAUAAAGCCAACCUCAUCCACAAAAUAUAUGGGCACAGUCGGGAACAUGCCCUGCCAUGUCUGCAAGCUCCGCGGCAACGGCAUCACGGAUCCCAAUUCCAACUGGCGGCUGUGGAACGCCGACAUGAACGUAUAUCGCGACGGGGCGGGUCAAGACGAAGACGACGAGGUGUUCGACUCCAUCGACGACGAGAUCCUAAAGAAGAUAGAGAGGAGAAGGAAGGCGAUGCUCUGGUUUAGCAUAGGGGAGAAGCUGAGGGAAUUGCACCUGUCGGAUAUGGGAGGGCGGGAUAAGACGAGCGGAGAUGUUUUUAGGAGGAUCUAUGAGCGGGUUGCGCCAGAAGGGACCAAGUACGAACCGAUGGAAAGUUUGGGGGCGCCGGAUAUUACGGAGAAGAUGAGGGAUGAUGUUAGGAGGAGGAGGGAGAUGAAGAAGGAGGCGAAGACUGUUUGA